UCCUGCCCUAGCCAGUGCAGGCGCGCGGACCUGAGCCACCGGGUGCUGGCAGCGCGCAGCAGCAGCAGCAGCAGCUCCUGUGACUCCAGAGAGGGCAUCUAACAGUCUUCAAACUUGUGCCAUGGAUGGAAGCAGGCACCAGCCCUGGAGAAGGACAUGACAGCCUAUAUGUAUGAUCCCUUGCACAUAAAACCAAAACCACCUCAAGACACAGCCACCAGUGCCUCAGUCUCCAUGAGGAACCUAGAGGGUAGAUAUAUACUACAGACCCAUAAGGAAUGUGACUUGGAAGACCAGCUGAGGACUGGGGUUUGAGCCUUGAAGGCGCUGUCUUACAUUAUUCUUAUUUAUGUCCUACGCUUCACAAGGAGCAGCUUGAUCUAUCCUACAACAGCACCAGCCUGGUCACUGGACCCUCUCUAGCCCUCCUUUGGCCUGGUUGGGAACCUGAAGCCCAGUGGUUGAAGCUGGAAAAGAAGUGGCCAAGGCCAAGGGUGAGUGUAGAAGUGUAGAAUGGAGCCCAAUGGCACCGUUCACUCCUGUUGCUUAGACUCUACCGUAUUGAAAGUCGCCAUCAGUCUGAUCCUCACCACCCUCAUCCUCAUCACCAUUGCUGGCAAUGUGGUAGUCUGCCUGGCUGUCAGUUUGAACCGUCAGCUCCGCAGUCUCACCAACUGCUUCAUUGUGUCCUUGGCGGCUACUGACCUGCUUCUUGGCCUCCUGGUGCUGCCCUUCUCUGCCAUUUACCAGCUCUCUUUCAAGUGGAGCUUUGGCCAGGUCUUCUGCAACAUCUACACCAGCCUGGAUGUGAUGCUCUGCACAGCCUCCAUCCUCAACCUCUUCAUGAUCAGCUUGGACCGCUACUGCGCUGUCACGGACCCACUGAGGUACCCUGUGCUGGUCACCCCAGUUCGCGUUGCCAUUUCUUUGAUCUUCAUUUGGGUCAUUUCCAUCACCCUGUCCUUCCUGUCCAUUCACCUGGGGUGGAACAGCAGAAACGAGACCAGAGGGGGCAACAGCACCUUCAAGUGCAAAGUGCAGGUCAAUGAGGUGUACGGGCUGGUGGAUGGGCUGGUCACCUUCUACCUGCCUCUUCUCAUCAUGUGUGUCACCUACUACAGAAUCUUUAAGAUCGCCAGGGAGCAGGCCAAAAGGAUCAAUCACAUCAGCUCCUGGAAGGCAGCCACCAUCAGAGAACACAAAGCCACCGUGACACUGGCUGCAGUCAUGGGGGCUUUCAUCAUCUGCUGGUUUCCCUACUUCACCACAUUUGUUUAUCGUGGCCUGAGAGGGGAUGAUGCCAUCAACGAGGUGGUUGAAGGCAUCGUUCUGUGGCUAGGCUAUGCCAAUUCAGCCCUGAACCCUAUCCUGUACGCUGCCUUCAACAGAGACUUCCGCAUGGCUUACCAACAGCUCUUCCGCUGCAAGCUUGGCAGCCACAACUCCCACAAAACUUCCCUGAGGCUGAACAAUUCUCUGCUGUCCAGGAGCCAAAGCCGAGAAGGCAGAUGGCAGGAGGAGAAGCCCCUGAAGCUCCAAGUGUGGAGUGGGAUAGAAAUCACACACCCCCAAGGAACGCCAGACAGGAAACCAGCGCUGUCCUACACCACAUGCUCCAAUAACCUUCUAAGCUGCUGUAAGAGCCUGUGGGGGCUUCAUUUUCUCCAGCAACACCCAGAAGGCCUCUCGGAGGAGCAGUCAGAAGAGCCACUGUCUGAGAAGGCAGAAAGGACACCAUCACAGGAAGGAAUGAGGGCAUUGCCCUGUGAGGCUGUCUAGAUCCUGCCCAGAACACCAAGAUCCUGCCCAUAAUACCUGGAUCUCCUUUCUGGAGCCCCUGUGGACCAAACCCCCAGACCACUGAGGACAAACUUCAGCCUGAGCCUAGGGGCUCACAGAACACACAACCAGCUUCCCUGUGAGCAGACUCCAGACAGGUGCUUUGGCUUAUUUAUGCUGAAUUCCUUGGUUUCAGAGCUCACAUUGGUGCUGGCCUAGGAGUCAUAAGCAGAGGCAGCAGACAUAGAUGUACACACAUGCAUGUAUGGGUGUGCUUCUGUAGAAAACAUGCACUGGUAUCACUCCCUUAUGGGAUCUCAUUAUGAGCAGAAGAGAAGAGAAGGUAAUAGGGGGAAGGAAGAGGAAAGAAAUUGCCCUCCAUAAACACCUAACUAGGUGCUAAGUACUUUGCCUACAUGGGCUCUCAUAAUUUAUAAGCAUUACUGUCCAGAUGUUACAGAGAUAGAAACUGAGAGUCAGAGAAGUAUGGAAUGUACCUCAGCCACUCAGCUAGAAAACGUGCCUGGGAUAGAGGUACUCAGAAAGUACUUGGUGAGUGAGUGGAUGUGUGAAAAAAGUGGAUGGAUGGAUGGA